GUGGAAUCAGUUAGUGUAAGCGGGACUCUGUAUGGGGACUGCCCGCGAAAGCACCAAACCCCCUGCCUAGAACUCUCAGCGUCAACCAUCAUUCAAAGCCAUCGCGAUGAUUCCAGGUUUACGGUACAAGGAGAAUGCUCAGAGAACUGACUCGCAAGACGCGAAUCAUCAUUGGUCCGCUUUAAGACGCGGAUAAAUGUUCCUUCCUCCAGACCAAUACGCCAUGGCCAGGCAAGCACCUUCUCAAUCACUAUCGCCAUCCCGUCAGGAUCCCGUCAGGAUGGC